AUGAAGCUUUUUUUUGCCUUCACUGCCGCAGUGACUGUUGUCUCCGGCUUCCCGGUCAUCGAUAAUCUUCCUUCUGAUGUUCAUCUACGGGCAGCUGAGCUGGCCACGAGGACUCUGAAAAACCUCGAGGCACAAGCCGUUCAACCACACCAACCCGUCAAGCGUCAAUCGCUUCCACUUCCCUCCGAUGCCUUGGGCCUCAGCCGAGCAGAGACCAACUGUGGACCUUCAAUCCCUUGUCCCUACUUCGAUGAAGAGGAGCAAAAGAUCUCAGUAGAGGGAGAAUAUGCGUAUGCCUCUCCAGCUCCUGAUCAGAUCCGAGGCCCUUGCCCCGGUCUCAACGCCGCUGCCAAUCACGGCUACUUGCCUCGUUCUGGAGUUGCCACAAUUGAAGAGACUGUUAGCGGUCUUAACAAGCUUUAUAACAUGGGCCUCGAACUCGGUGCAGUCCUUGCCGCGUACGCAGUUAUUAUCGAUGGUGACCUGCUCGGUGGAACAUGGUCUAUCGGUGGCCCUCAACAAACCGACGCUCUCGGCUCCGUCCUAGGAAACGGUCAAGGUCUAUCCUAUUCUCACAACAGCUAUGAGGGAGAUGGAUCCAUCGGCCGCAAUGACGCGUACCUAAACGAUGGGGAUGCUCACUCGCUCAACAUUGACAAAUUCGAAGCCGUCUACGCCGUUGGUGGCAAUGAUACCUCUGAGGAUGGACUUGAUCAACGAUUCACCAUCGACAAGUUCCGUGCCCGGUAUCAGGAGGUUCAAGAACACUCCAUUGCGACCAACCCGUACUACUUCACCGGCGCUUUCUCCACUGUUGUGGUUGUACCUGCUGCGUAUAACUUUGUCAUUAACUUCAUGUCUAACCACUCCGAGGCAGAGCCAUCUGGAUACUUGGAUGGAUACAACUUCAAGAAGUUCUUCGGUGUGACCGGUAGCCCUGGUUCUUUCGUCUGGAACAAAGGACAGGAACGCGUCCCUGAGAACUGGUACAAGCGCCCAGCCGUUUCGCCAUAUGGCCUUGCCGAUGUCGCACUCGACGUUGGAAUCGGAUACCUUGCAUACCCGGACACCCUUCGCUUCGGCGGAAACACAGGAUCCGUCAAUUCGUUCACUGGAGUUGCUGUCAGUGACCUUACCGGCGGAGUCCUAAAUGCCAAGAACCUCUUUGAGGGAGACAACUUCGCAUGCUUUGUUUUUGUACUUCUUCAACAGGGCAUUCCUGAUUUCCUCAAGGGGCCCCUGGCGGAUAUCAACAACGCAACCUCCUUCUUGAAGCCAUUCCUGUCUCCUAUCCUGGAUAAGCUUGAAUGCCCUGAGCUAGGCCAGUUUGACCAGAGUUUGUUCAACGACUUCCCUGGUUACAAGUAUAGCCCAACCGGUCCUGCGACCAACUAUUAA